AUAUGUAAAACCAUACAAUUCAAAGAGGGUGUAGCCUACUUUCUUUUUCACUUAACUGUGUAUAUACAAGUUGAUUAUAAUGCAUUGUGCUAUGUGCCAAAAACCCAUGCUUUGACACAUGCAAAUGCCAUGGGGAUUCUUCAGUAUGCACACGUGUACAUAAGAAAUUUAAGAUUUACAUUUAUGAAUUUGUCUUUUAUCCAGAGAUUUACAUUGCCUUCGAGGUAUACAAAAUAAAUAAAUAAAUAAAUAAAUAAAAUGUUUGUAUCCCCUGGAAUCGAACCACUCGUGUUGUUAGCGCCAUGCUUGCUUGUUUAGCCAUGUGAAAAGAAAAAACACACUUAAGUCAGUGUAGGUCAGUCAGCAUUUGCCUGUUUGUGCGCUGUGUUUGGCGCGUGCGCUGUCAACGCCGAGCAGCUCUCAAACAGCCAUGUUGAGUCUCUGAGACAGAAAUGACUCAAUAAACCAAUGAAAUAAGGAUAUAUACCUCCAGAACGGGCUGGACAUAAGCGCAUCAGCACUCUGCGAUCAUCGAACAGCCAUCCAGAGGUGCUUUCAUCUUCUGUGGCCUUCAGCACAACUGUUUGUGUUUUCCCAUCUGAUUUUUAAUUUGAAACAUAGUAAACACAGUGUCAAACUGUGUGUCAUGUCAGGACCUGUGGCGAGUCGUGCCAGAGUCUACACUGAGGUGAACACACACCGGCCCAGAGAAUACUGGGAUUAUGAAUCUCAUGUUAUUGAGUGGGGCAAUCAAGAUGAUUUUCAACUGGUCCGCAAGUUAGGCAGAGGAAAGUACAGUGAAGUGUUUGAAGCAAUCAACAUCACGAACAAUGAGAAAGUAGUGGUGAAAAUACUAAAGCCUGUGAAGAAGAAGAAGAUAAAGCGUGAAAUAAAGAUUCUUGAGAACCUUCGAGGAGGUCCAAAUAUCAUCUCCCUCCUAGACAUUGUCAAAGACCCAGUGUCUAGAACACCUGCCUUAGUUUUUGAACAUGUGAACAACACAGAUUUUAAGCAACUGUAUCAGACACUGACAGACUAUGACAUUCGCUUCUACAUGUAUGAGAUUCUAAAGGCGUUGGAUUUCUGUCACAGUAUGGGUAUUAUGCACAGAGAUGUCAAACCACACAACAUCAUGAUUGAUCAUGAGCACAGAAAGUUGCGUCUUAUUGACUGGGGACUGGCUGAAUUCUAUCACCCAGGACAGGAGUACAACAUCAGAGUCGCCUCUCGCUACUUCAAAGGCCCAGAACUACUGAUAGAUUACCAGAUGUAAUACUACAGUCUUGAUAGGUGUCCCCUGAAUGUGUCUGUGAAGGAGCCAUUUUUCCAUGGACAUGAUAACUAUGAUCAGUUGGUGAGAAUUGCCAAAGUUCUUGGAACAGAAGAUCUUUAUGAUUGCAUUGAUAAAUACAACAUCGAGCUGGAGCCUCGAUUUAAUGACAUUCUGGGAAGACAUUCCCGCAAGCGAUGGGAGAGGUUUGUUCACAGUGAAAACCAACACUUGGUCAGUCCUGAAGCUCUUGACUUUCUGGACAAGUUGUUGCGUUACGACCAUCAGACCAGACUGACUGCGAGAGAGGCCAUGGAGCACCCCUACUUCUUCCCUGUUGUGAAAGACCAGUGUCGCAUGGCAGGAUCAGCUAAUGUGCCGACAGUGAACACCGCAGUGAGCACUGCUACUAUGAUAACAGGAAUCGCUGCACUCCCAGCCUCCACAGCUCUAGGGCCCCUGACCGGCUCUCCCAUUCUCAUGGCUCCCAGCAGCCUAAACCCUCCAGUGCCUGCAGCCACAGGAGCCGCCCAGUGACGCCACUGUACCAACCCUGAAUGAAACCCGCUGAGGUCUCUGGGACUGUUAGAUACAGCUCUUCAUCACCACCCCACUCAGAGCAGCAUGAGUUUACCUGAAACUGAAUGCACUUCAUCAUGAGACGUUCACCUUCAUGCAUUUAGCUCAGGCAAAGGUGCGCAGGCUGUGUUCAAAAAGAGAAACAUCCCGUGUGAUAUUACAUACAUUGUCGUGCCAUUAAAAAGCUUAGCUUUUACUUAAAAAUUGAGUAUUCGGAGCAAAUGAAGCACGCUGUGGCACAGUAUUUCCCUCAGCAUUCAGUGAGCAGAUCCUCUCUCAAGUGUGAAAUGAUACUGCCGUAGUUUGGUGCUGUUUACUGUAGCUCACAUCAGGUCACACCAGCCGCGUUUACUCGACACACAGCAGAGUCUUCAGCUCCUCUCACUGUGGAAAAUGGCAAUGCUGUGGCAUAUUUUAUUUUUGUAUAAAUACAGCAAUCCAUAAAACGUCCCUAUUCCACAAUCCAGUAAUAAAGAAUCACUGCUUAUCAAG